AAAUGACUGUACGAUAUGCAACUUACCCCGUCUGAGUACGGUGGAUUGGUCCCACCCCCAGGACAGAUCCUUAACGGAGUUUCACGGCCAUGGAGAAUUACAACUGUUUUAUCAGGGGUUCUUCUUCUAGCGGGGUAUCUCAUGUUGGCGGUGGUCCUCGGUAACACGAAAGACAGUACCCAUAUCAAUGAAACCACAACUGCCGUUAUCGCGCUUUUCUUCAUCGGCCUCGCGCAUGCCUCGUCGGUCGGCAUUGCCUUCUUCCAACGGCACCAACACGGCUAUCUUCUGCACUCCCUAUUUAUGCCAUUCAUUAUAAUCAACUUAAUUGCCCUGUUCAACAUACUCCUAAACAUCUUCGCUCGCGAUCUAUUCCCUUUGUCCGCGCUCCGGGUCGUCUCCAUCGGUCUGCCGAGCGCGUUUACCUUGAUACACGGUGGUGCAGCGGUUCUGAUUUACCACGAACGCAGAUCCUCGGACAACCAUCGAGCGGGGGACGAUACACCCUUAUUGAGUGACGAGGAAAUGCAACGUCGACAGCUUGCCCGACUGCUGGGGGAUCGUUCUGCCGCGGCGCCGUCGCCUCAUAUCAACCAUAGCACAUAUCGACUCGAAAUCCCGACUUUGGAGCCUGUCCAGAAGACCUGGGCACCAGGACUGAAUAUCCCGCCAGCAUCCAAGCCUUCAUUGAAAUCAAGAUUCCAGUGGACCAGCGUAAACCAAUCCAUUAUUUGA